AUGGACGAGGACAUCCAGCCCAUCGAGCAACAAGCAAUGAAUUCAGAGAAAAUCGAUGCGAUUGCCGAUCGACUUAUGAUCCUCGCGAACCGGUUACUUGAAUCCAAGCUUUCGAGAGCAUCCAGCUCAUCAACAACGAACAUAACGGGGGCAGAGGGACCAACAGAGGAGAGCCUUCUAAACGACCUCGAAUCCGACCAGAGCUUGAUGUUACUUGCCACUCCACUCUUUGCAAGACUCAAAUCGAUCAACCGAACUAGCUCAUCCAUGGUCUCAACUUUUAAAUCUCAAACGCAAGUAGUCAGGAAUCAAGUCGAUCAAAUCCAUUUGGACUUACAGAAUCUAAUUUACGAGAGGAGACAUCUGGAAAAAGAAAUUAAGAAAUGCCAGGAAUUUGAAUCUGAGUAUCAAAAUAUCUCAAUCCAUUCACUGGAAGAAUAUCUCGAGAGGAAUCCAGAAGAUAAACGAGACGGAUCGGACGAAAUUGAUCCCCACGAACUCAUGAUCAAAAGAUUGAAAUUCGAACUAGCAGAACGCAAAAGGUUUGAAGCGGAAAAGAAAGAGCUGCUACAGAAGAAAUUGAAACUAUCCAAAGAGAACGAUGAGAAAAAAUCCAAAUUAGAUGAAUUAGAAAAACAAUUGGACAGAUUUGUUGUUACUGCCAAAGAAAUCCAAUCGAAAAUGGCAAAUCAAGUCUAA